GUUCAAGAUCAGCUCUAGAGUCAGUUCAUUUGAGUAAACCCUACACUAGAUCAGCUUCACUGAGAAACUAAACUUCUCAUCAGAGCUUCUCUUCCCCUGUAACAUACGCACUAUAAAUAUACCCCCAAUCCCGAGUAGCUAAUCCCAUAGCAAGAAGUGCAGCACCAGCACAAGAUGAAGCUGCUUCGCGUCGCCGCGGUCGCAUCCCUCCUGCUUGCCCUUGCCGCGACGGCCGGCGCCAUCGUCACGAUCGACGUGACGAACACGGCGUCCAACACCCUCGGCGGCCAGCGGUUCGACCGGGAAGUCGGUCUCGAUUUCCCGAGGCAGAUCAUCUCUGAAGCGUCCAUGUUCAUCUGGAUGACCUUCAACCAGACCAACCCCGCCGACCGCAAGCCCGUCGACGCGAUCGCCCUCGUCGUCGCCGACGUCGGCGGCGUCGCCUUCACCAGCAACGACGUCAUCACCCUCAGCGCCCAGUACAUCGGCAACUACUCCGGCAAUGUCAGAAUCGAGGUGGCCAGCGUGCUGUUCCACGAGACGACGCACGUGUGGCAGUGGGACGGGCAGGGGCAGGCGAGCCGCGGCCUCAUCGAGGGCAUCGCCGACUACAUCGUGUACACGGCGGGCUACAGACCGGCGUACUGGGUGCAGCAGGGGCAGGGAGAAAGGUGGGAUGAGGGGUACUCCGUGACGGCGAUGUUCCUGGUCUACUGCGACACGCUCAGGCCGGGCUUCGUGGCGCUGCUCAACGCCAAGAUGAGGUACGGCUACACCGACGAUCUCUUCGCUCAGAUCCUGGGCAAGGACGUGCAGCAGCUGUGGCAGGAUUACAAGGCUAUGUACGGGGCCUGAUGUGUGGAUAGCUGGUCUGUGGUUGUCAACUCCACGUCAUUGUCGUCUAGCAUGGCGUGAUGAUUAAAAUAAGGUUUUUCUAUCUUGACCACGUCGUUUAACGACUAUGUUCUGCUUAAAGAAUGAUCAAUAUACGUGUCAUAUGUAAUGUGUUGACGUUUA